AGAGAGAGAGAGUCAUAAAUGCAAUAAUUACAGCCUAGGCAGAAAUAAGUGACGCACUCUCUUGGUUCCGCAGGCUGCCUGCGUCGCUAACAACACUAUUGUCCCACUGACAAGAAGGAGACACGGCCUGUGAACCACUUCUCCGCUCUCAGAGUUGUUCUUGGGAUUUAUUUUCAGCAGGACUUUUCAUUUCUAGUCAUGGAUUUGCUCCUGGAUUCUGGCUAAUUAUGACUUUUCCCCCAUUUUUUCAAAGUCAAGCAGAAUCUUCGUAACUCACUUUUUUUUAAUCAAGAAAAGGGAAUCAUUUACUAUGUCUGUGACUGCUCUGUUCAGGAGCAAGUGGGGGCAGAAGUCACAGGACACAGCACAGAAGCAUCCAACACCUGUGGUUCAACCCAGCCAUGAUGAUGAUGAUGAUGAGGAGGAUGACCCAAAAGUUGGUUUCAGCAGAGAGCCUAUCCAAAGGAACUCACGCUUUUAUCGGUCCAUGAGGAAGAAGAGGCUGGUCUCAGCUCAGCAGUCUGAAAAUUCUAACAGACCUGGUUCGGACCACAGUCCAUCCAACAGAACAGGAGUCUCUUCCUCUAAUACGCCCUCACCCCACAAAUCACUUUCAUUGCAUGGGGCGAGACGCCCUCAGCUUUCACCAGAGCUCCAUCAUUCCAAAACUGUGUUGCCAAGCAAUGGUGAGGCCAGCAGCAGACAUGCUCUGUAUAACAGGGACGCUGUGGAUAGGAGAAGAGGAGGAGUGGGAGGAGGGAGGAGUGUGGACAUAUCUGCUGCCUCCAACAGCCAGCGUCAAGAUUUUACAGCUGACAUGAUCACUUACCGGACUCACGGCAUUCAUAGCGGAGACAUUAAAAAGCUGUCUGAGCAAACAGCUGAAGCUUGCACUGUACAGGAGGUCAAAAGGAAAAUCAUGAGCUCACAACGGCCCAGUUCUGACGGAGCAGACCAGGAUAACGCCAACCUCAGGUUGCUGAGCAAUGGAGAUGGCUCCCAGACAAUCUGCCAUAGCCUCAACAUUGUCAAAAACAUCGCCUUCCUGUACCAGGAAUACCGGGACACCUCCAAGCAGCACGAGAUCGAGCAACGGCGGCAGCAAGAGAACCUCUCUCCUACUUUAACAGCAGGGACUGUGGUGGCAGAGUCCGGUGGCAUGUCCCCUCCAGUGUUACAGCUGCAGCUUAGGAACAGUGCUCGGUCACUGAGCUUGUGGCAGAACCUGGAAGCUGUGCAGGCCAGUGGCCUACUCACCCAGUUACCGCAUAAAGAAAUCAUAAUGCAAGAGGCCAUGUUUGAGCUUGUUACCUCAGAAGCAUCGUACUACAAGAGUUUGGAAAUUUUAGAGACUCACUUCCUACGUAACCCUGUUUUAAUCAACACUCUCAGCCAAUCUGACAUGCAUUUUCUGUUCUCCAACAUUGAGGAGGUCAUGAAAGCCAGUGAAAGGUUCCUGAUGGAUCUCGAGCACCGCAUUGAGAAGUCUAUUUUGAUUUCUGAUGUGUGUGACAUUGUUUACUUCCAUGCCGUGGAACACUUCAGUGUCUUCAUCAAAUACGUCAUUAACCAGGUGUACCAGGAGAAGAACUACAGACGCAUUUUAGAGGGAAACCAGGCAUUUCGUGAAGCCAUGGCUGCACUGGAGAACCAUCCACGCGUCAGGGGCCUGUCCUUUACCUCAUUCCUAAUCCUUCCUUUCCAGAGGAUCACAAGGCUCAAGUUGCUUGUACAGAAUAUCCUGAAAAAAGCUGAAGAAAACUCAGAGAGGGAGGCAAAUGCUAUAAAAGCACAUCAGCAACUGGAGCAGAUUGUGAAAGAGUGUAACGAGGGGGUGCGAAAAAUGAGUCGCACUGAGGAGCUUAUCAGCAUCGAGAAAACACUGGAGUUUAAAUCCAAGUCCGUACCCAUCAUUUCCCACUCGCGCUGGUUACUAAAGAAGGGUGAAGUGCAGCUAAUGGCUGGACCUAAGAGCACUAGGACCAUGCGGAGUCGUAAGCUCUACCAACCAGUCUACUUGUUCCUUUUUAACAAUCUGCUGCUGGUCACUAAGCGCAGCUCUAGUGGGGACAAGUUCCAGGUUCUCGACUCAUGCACACGCGCCAUGUUGAGGACUGAAGAUCUUGAAGACCAGGGCCAGCUUCUGGCCAAUGUCUUUAAUCUUAAGCUGCUGGAGAACCAGGAGGAGCGUCCAGUCAGCUACAUGCUCAAGACCUCCAGUAUGAGUGAUAAGCUUCGAUGGAUGUGUGCUCUCACUCCUAACCGACGCACACGCUUUAUGUCUACUAGUGCCCACCAACCAGACUCUCCACAGGUCCAGUGUAUCCAGUCAUACUCUUCUCAGGAGCCAGAUGAACUCUCCAUUGAGAUGGCUGAUGUUUUGAACCUCCUUGAGAGAACAGACGAUGGCUGGAUGAUGGGUGAAAGACUCCAUGAUGGUGAAAGGGGCUGGUUCCCUAGUCGAGUAGUAGAGGAAAUCCAGAGCAAGGAGGUCCGAGCUCAGAACCUGAGAGAGGCCUUUAGGAUCCAGCAAGCCCAGGAAGGUGGUGGAGGCCCGCAACCUGGAGCCAGGAUUGGUGUAAGGGUGGGGAGGCGCACACCAAGGGCCUCCAAUUUCUCCAAUCCUUGAAUUGUUCAAAUGGAGGAGAGCAGUGAAGUAAAGCAGUGAAGCAGUAACAGUGAUGAAUAUCACUCUUCAGGGCCAUAUGCACUAAAAGACAUAAUCAGGAUACAUGUGACUUAAAUUCCAUACAAUAACAUCUUGUCCUUUUGAUUUUCACUUAGAAGUUGGUGGUUUUAGAAAUCCACAUUUUUGGACCCAGUGAUCUGGGACAAAACGCUUGAGUCAAUAACUUUGUACAAGCGAUGCUGCAUGUCUCAUAUAAAGGUGUGCUGAGGGUGUUUUGCAGGCCCACACACUGUCGCAUGUAAUGCAUGGAGCAAAACUCUGGGCUUGAUUAGGAGCUGUGUGUGGGGAUGGCAAGAAACCUAUAAGGUCUUGUGAAGGUACUGUAAACAUCUGUCAGCUGCAUGGGCAAGUUUUAAAAAUUUUAAUGUUCAUUUCAUUGUAAAAUACCUUUCAACACUGAUUAUAGCCUACACCCACAACACAAACUGUCAAGUGUACAGUGGCCCCAAGAGCUCAAUGUACUGCAAUAUCAAGAGAUGGUUUUCCAGCAGCAGCGGUAAAACAGGCUGCAGAGUAAUGCCUAUGAGCAGUUAUGCUCCAUCAGUUUAUGUCCAUUGACAGUGUUCUUUUCCACCACAUGCAACGUAGCGCCAGAGGAACAAAUGAAUGCCUUUUUACUCUGCUGAUGAAAAUUAGUAUAUCUCAAAAACUAAAUAAUGUACGUAAAUCAAAUAACUUAGGGAGUUUUAAGGAAUAUUUUGUUUAUGCUUCUCCAUUCAAAAAUCUUUUGUGUUUUUAUUAUGUAAAAUCUGAUUGAAAAACAUGUUUAAAAACAUGUCCAAUCUUUUUAAUUUAUUUUUUUAAAGGUUUGAUUUCUCUUUAGGGUCCUCUCCAUAAUGUUGUCAGACCCUUACAUUAAGAAUCUGAGCCCAUCAGUAGCAAAAACAAGCAAUUUUAAUGGAUAUAAAUUGACAGUGCACAUUUGUGUGCAGGGAUUAUAUUGCAGCCUGUUUUGCCGCUGUUGCUGCAGCAAUCUGGACUAAUUUAAAAAAUUGUUGUCUUCAUUAGUCACUUUCCUAGUCCACGUUCAAAAAAUAAUCAAUUUUGCAAAACAACAAAAACACAACAAAAUACAUGCAGUCCAUUGCGCUUUCAGGACCAUCAUACAAGUGUCUAAUAAAAUAGUAUUGUGUGAAAAUUAGCGAUGAUUAUUUAAGAAUUGUGUGUCUAUAAAUAUUCCAAUAAGUGAGUCAACUGAAGUGAUACUCCACCCAGAAUCUUUUGAGUAUGAAACACUGACAACAGCCAGACUUGAUUGCAGGCUGUAAAAGGUUGCUUCAUCAUAGAGAACGACAGUAGUCAGCUUUGCUUCCUAGUGGUUACAACAAUGGAUUCCAACAGUGACAAGUUUUUACAGUGGCCACAAAACUAUUAGGAAGAAAUCAGUGGGGUCAGCUACUAAUGAUGGGACCCAUAAACAUAAACACCACCACAGUGUAUUAUUUAUUAAAUUUUGUAUACAACUAUCAAAAAUAGUAUAAGACAGCUAGCAGAGACCAAAAAUCACGCAACAUGCAUUACUGCACAACAGGUUAGCAGGGCGGAUGAUCAAAACACAUACUCUACCAAAACAAACCUGUAGCUGACUUACCUACUCUUACUUUAACAGCGUCUGACGGACUUCGGUGUUUCCAUACUGACAGAAUACAUAGUCCAUUCAGUCUCUCCUCUGCCAUGGUGCAAGUAGUUUUUAAUUUGUUUUAGCUUUAAAAAGGAUCUCUCUGCCCCUGCAACGUCAAGUAAAGUCAUUUACAAUAGUAGGGUAGUAAUAAUGUCACUGACCUUAGAUGUGACUGAAUGGUGAUACACAAGAAGCAUCUUUACAGGUUUGGAGACCCAGCGCCACCAUGAGCAUUGCACAUGAACCAUCAAGUUGUAACAAGGUAACUAGCACACAGUUCUCCUACUUGUCUACUUGCCAUGAAUCCAAGCUGACCGCAGUCUGUUUUCUGUCAAAAAACAACCUACACACCAACAGUCAUCUUCUAAGUGUACAGUGUUUAAUGCAGCUCAAAAGAUACAUUUGUGUUGAAUAUCACUCCAAGAUUGUCAAUAUAUCAGGAGUACACACACACACACACACACACACACACACACACACACACACACACACACACACAAACA